AUGUUCCGGAGCAGCUUUGCCCGACGCUCGGCGGGCGGUGCCAUCGUGCCGGGAGGCGGGGGUGCGCUUCCGCGGGCGGAGCGCGGAGCCUGCCGUCUCGGAGGCUGCAGCUCGGCCAGGCACUGUGGCGGGCCUGUUGGUGUCCCGGCACGGAGGUCGCGCGGCUACCCGGGCUCGAGCCGGUGGACCCGAGUGGGUGCCACGAGCGGCGGCGCGCCGCCUCCCCCGGUGGGAGCGGUGGUUGGGCCAGGCUGCGGCAGAGCGUUCUCUCAGAGAUGGCGGAGCAGCCGCGACGCGGCCCGUGGCCCCGAGAGCAGGGAAGCCGGGCAACCCCGGGACGCGGCGGAGCCCGGGGACAGCGGGGACGCCGCCCAGUCCUCCGGGUAUGAAACUAAAAUGCAGCGGCCAAGAACGCGGCUCUGGAGCUUGACAGGCCUGACGGCGAAUCCCAGCCCUCCCACUGACUGAGCUGUGUGAUCCUGGGUAGGCGGGCCAGAGGUUGAACUUUUCUGACCUUUGAUGUGAGGCACUCAGCCAGGGCCA